AUGGACUCUAACGACUCAGUGGUAUCUGCAACAACGCCUUUGGGUAUCAUGGCAGUUGUGAAGCCACAGCCCCAGCUGCCUCCCGCAGCGAACGCCAGUUUUCUGGAUGUUGUCGUGGACAACAACCCGGCCGCUGCCGCACUGCCCGCAGAGGUUUUGCAAGAUGGCACAGCGCUGGUGUUGACGACCUUUGAUGCAGGCAUCGAGGAUGGCUUCUUUGGGCUUGGGCAGAAGAUCGGGUCGGCAGAAGGACGACCUUUCAAAGCUGCAGCAUCAGCCGUGGAUGUCUCCAUCGUCGACGUACAGAGUCAGAAUGUCCAGCACAUGCAGCUCACGGACAAGCCCAUCUACGUGCGAGUCACACAGGUGCCGCCUGAGAGCAACUGGGUUUGUGCCUUCCUGGAUGAAGAUGGUAACUGGUCUACCGAAGGCGUGCGGCUGGCAACAGCGGAGGAGUUGACAGAGGUCUUCUCCGGGUCAGACUCUUCCGGCACAUGGUGUGCCACGACGCACCUUUCCAUCUUUUCGGCCUUCGUCGACAUCCUGCUGGAUUGCACGAAUGCCAACAUGCUGACUGAGGAUGGCCUGAAAGAGAUACUAGAGCGAGAGGGCUGGUGGGCGCGACCACCGGGCCUGGCGCUUUGGAUCCUGCUCAGCAGCUUGCUGCUGCUCAUCGCCUUUGGCUGCAUCACAGACAUGAGGGUGCAUGACUCUGGGCUUUGGCGGGAUGAGUACUUCCUCACAGAUCUGCCCCCAAAGUCCCGUUGCUGGGGUUUGUGUGGUGCACCUGAGAACCACUCUGAUGAAGCGAGAACUAAAGAGCAAGAGGGGCCCAAGUUGACCUCCCAGCGGAGCUUUCAGGGAAAGGAGCCGAACGGGGCCAAAUUCACAUCCCAGCGAAGCUUUCUUGGGGCGCAGGGGAGUUUUCUCUCGGCUUUGCAGGGCCAGACUGCGGCCUUCCAAGUGCAUCAAAAGCUGCUAAAGGCUGCCAAGCCAACGUUGGCCAGCAGAUUUUCAGAGCGCUUCCUAUGCCAAAGUAUAUUGUGGGAAGUGGCCCGCAGGUGCAGACUGCACAGCGGGUCCCUCGAGAUGCACGUCUGGGGUCAGAGGGGAUGGGUUCAGGGCAGCGUCGCGACACAGAAGUCCACAAAGCUGAAGGAGAUGGUCAUGACACUGGAUGAGCUCUUGCCAGAAGCUUUCCUAGCCGUGCAGGCGUCUCGAAUUCGCCCUUUUUGGACGGCUCUCUUAGCGGCGCAGCCGAUCUACGAGCUCAGCCUCUGCGAUCUUCACAUGACUGCGGCCAAACGGGCCAAGAUCGAAAUGGAUUGCAUUGUGGGAUCCUUGUCCUUUGUCGCCUUGUUCUUCUCGGUAGAUGGCACAGCAGUGGCCGCGAGGAGUCCUUCAGAAUGCCCCAUUGAGCAGGGAACGUUUCUGUGGUACACUUUUGUUGCCAUGUUCUCCGUGCUCAUCAGUUUUGUCCCACGGAGCCUGGAGUGCUACCUUGCUCGACGCAGCUUUGUCCAAGAGAGUCGGGCAAUUCCUCGACCCUGGCAACUCUGGAUGAGGCGCGGGAAGAAUCUUGGCUUCUGGGUCUUCAGCACGAUCCUCUCGUUCCUCUAUCUUCUCGUGAUCACCGCCUUCCUGGCCAAUUUGUCUGAGGCAGAUGAGGGGAAGUGGAUGUUCAGCUUUGGCGUGGUGAUUUUGCGCAAGAUGAUCAUUGUGCCAGUCUUGGCGUGCUUGGUGUCCGGCAUUGGCACAGCUUUGGCCAGUGGCCUGGGCUCGCGCUCGUCGCCGGCCUUGCCGCCCAAGAAGUUUGGACUGGAUCUCUCUCUGCUCAGCAAUGGCGAGGUUGCGAACGAGGUUGCGCCUUCUGAGACCGCAGUCACAGAAACGUGGACGGAGAAAGUGCAAGAGCUGGCCGGCCGAGGCCUGACAGUUCGUCAGCUCUUGGAAUUCUAUGCAAUGCUGGGGGAUGAGGUCAUGCAGCACUUCUCCCCAGAGGAAUCCACGACCCACGACGUUGUUCGUCAGGCCAUCAUCCCACUCUCCCGGCAGAUCAGAGGAAGGCGCUGCUUUGUGGUAGUUGUGGAGCACAGCGUGGAUGUCAUCGAGCCUGUUUUGGAGGUGUCAGUGCUAAGGGGAGGCGAGCCGAGGGGUGCUUCGUGGAAACCCACCUGGAAGGAAGCUUUCCUGGUGGAGGAUCUGUGCCUCGAAGACAGCUUGAUCUUCCGCGUGCUUGACCCUAAGCCUUUCUCCGUGACCCUGCCCGCCACGGAUGUCUGGCAGGGCUUCAAGGGAAUACUGGGCAACAGGAAGCUGCAGGUCUCCGUGGCUGCAGUGCGUGAUUCUGCCCACAAGGUUGGGAACGGCUCUUGCGUGGUGGACCCAUCAGAUGUCUCUCUUCGAGGUUCCUCUCACUCUGGCUCUUCCAUUGCGGAGAAAGUCGAGAUUCAUUCUUGCAGAUCUGGAAGCGACAUGCUACGGUUUCCCGAGUUCAAUCCAGACGUGAGCCUGCCGGAGCUCGAUGCAAUCGAUGGAUGCAGCCAAGAAGCACAAGAUGGAUUCGCCUACGCGUCCACAGUGAACAACGGCUUACCUUGCAUGCCCUUGAAGAUGGUGACGCACAGCUGGCGAAACAAGUUCUGCUUUCUCCUCGCAGCCAUCCUAGCCGAUGCUUUGAACCGUGAGAAGUAUGAUGAAAUCGCGAGGCUCCUUGCAGAACGUCAACUGGGCAAAUUGGUCCAGGACCUGUUCAGAGCAGGGAAGCUGGAUGUUGCCUACUGGGUUUGUGCCUUCUCAGUGAAUCAGCAUACAGGAAUUUGUGCCACGCCGCCACCCACAAUCGGAGUUACUGGGCAACCCUCAGAGGAGAUGAACAAGUUCGAUGACAUGAUGGCUUACCUGAAGACCUACCACCGACAGCAUGGAGGGACGGAUCUGAGGGCUCCUGAGGCGCUUGUGGCCAGUUGCCGCUCCCAUGUUGCUGUGGCUCUGGCACGUUACCAACCGGAGGCUCGACUGGAGCAAGUGGUAGCCCUGGAGAAGGCUGUGAAGAUGCACUCCUCGGCCUCCCGGGAUCAUUGCCUGGAUCGCCUCGUGCACCUGGAUGUUUCAAACGCCGCGUCUCCUCGAGAGAGCCUUUUUGAGGAUCGUGCAAACUGCGCUGUUAUGGAGCUGGUGCUGAGCAAGAUCACGGACGUGGAUGCUUUCAACGACGACCUUCAGAAGCCUCUUGCCUUGCGAGCCGAAGAAACCCGAAAUCCGCCAAGAGGUUGGGACCCAUGA